CUAGGUGUAAGAAUGUCAGCUAAAUUUAGCGAUCUUUUAAAAACAAUUGAGUGUGAGCUGGAAGUUGACGUACAAUAUUUGACAGAACUUCAAAAGAAGAUCGGAAGAAAAGCCUGUGGAUGUAUUUACAUAUAUGAUAUGGAAGGUCUCACAUUUGCGAAGGCUACUGAUAAAAGAACAAUCGAAGAUUUUAUUACUUUUGCUAAAAUUUACCAAGAUAAUUAUCCUGAAUUACUGAAGGCUGCAAUUGUGAUUAAUGCCUCUGUGUACUUUUCUCUUCCAUUUUCCAUCGUGAAAUCUUUCUUAGGAGGCAGUAUUAUCGACAAGAUAAGUAUUUACACAACAGAUAGCUGGAAGGAAGCAUUAUUGGAACAAUUCGAUGCCGAUCAACUGCCUGCAUUCUUAGGAGGAACUAAAACUGAUCCAGAUGGAAAUCCUCUAUGCUUAACAACUAUUUUGCACGGUGGUCCUGUACCUGAGAAGUACUACAUACACAAAAGCAAGAAAUCUCUUGCUCAAGCAGAAGGUGUGAAGAAAAUCACACUGUCCCGAGCAUCUUUCUCAGAAGAAAAGGUAGAAGUGAAAGAAGCUGGUUCACUUCUCGAAUGGGAAUUCGAAACCAAGUGUAGAGACAUAGGAUUUGGACUUUUCUACCAAGAAGUAGCAGAUGGUGAGGAAAAAAUUACUGAGUUAGUUCCUCGAGAAAGAAUUGACACGGAAGAAUAUGCGGAAACUGGAAUGUAUAAAUGUGAAAAAGCGGGUACAUACAUCAUGCUGUUUGACAACACCUACAGUUGGAUACGUUCAAAAGAAAUCUAUUAUAGAGUAACCCUUGUUAGUCCUAAGGAGCACGAAGCACGAUUAUCAGCUUAGAAAUGUGUUAAACACUUUAUGAAUCAACAAAUUCUGCCAUCAGUUUAUUAUCUAAGUAUAUAAAUGAAGAAUACAAAAAUAAAAUGUCUGUAUUAAAAUGUA